AUGAACCUCGAGUCCGACAAAAAGCCCAUCAUCCCUAGGAAAGCUUUGAAGCAGAUAAGACCAAAGCUUGGGUUAAUUAAUUUGGACCAAUCGACAGAUUUGGUCGAAAGGAAGAAGGGAAAGCCACCAUACUCAUACAUUUCUUUGAUAGUGAUGGCCAUUAUACAAUCGCCCAAUCGUCGUCAAACGCUAAGUGGCAUCAUCAAACACAUUCAAAAGCAGUUUCCGUAUUACGGCGAGAACUGCCCCGCCAAAGGAUGGAAAAAUUCCAUUCGCCACAAUCUCUCUCUUAAUGACUGUUUCGUGAAGACGUUCAGAGACCCGACAAAUCUCAGCAAAGGGCACCUGUGGUGUCUUCACCCACAGAGUGCUCACAUGUUCGAAGGCGGAAGCUUUAUGAGAAGAAAGAAGCGCUUCAGAGCUGGUUCCACAGACGAGGAUGAGAGGCGAGUCCUGCCUUACAGCAACAUCAGUCUGACGUCAUACCGUGACGUAAUUCAGAAGUCACCUCGGGUAGUCAUCCCAUCAGUGUCCGUGCCGGUCAAAGCUCCAACAAGGCCUUACUUUACGCAACAAGAGGAUUGGAACAGAGAGUAUUGUUACACACAGGAUCUCGAUAUGCAAGUACGAUUGUAUAAUGACUGUGUUCCGUGGGCAGCAGGAAGUGGAAAAAUAAAAUUCUCGGCUACAAAUGACAGCACGCUUUGUCUCCUUUGCGCCCGCUGUACUUGUUGCUACUGA